UUCAGAUUGAAUUUUGAGCCUAAUAUCACGUUCGAUUCUCUGCGCAUACCUGCUUUUCACAUGCCUUGUUACCGUUGCUUGCCAUUCAUUGUCGUUUCCAAGGUUUGCUGCUUGGCUCACGAGAAAGGGCCCCUCUCCGGUUCUCGCCCUUCGCUUCCCUCAUCUCCCAUCUGCUACAGUUGCGCCUCCGUGAACCCCAAGGCCGCGUGCAGUCUGCGAUGCUAUUUUGAUCCAGUGGGUUUGUGCAAAUCGAUGGCCGCGUGAGUUCCUCCUUCCUCGUGCCCCCAUAAAUCCCUCAAUACUCACCCAUUUCCUGAUUGUGCGCCCAACACGAAACCCUAUUUUCCAUCUUCUUCAAUUUUCAAAUCGGACAAAAUUGGUCCGCCGAGCGUGAAGUCCUACAGUCCACUGGCAGUAUUGUUGAGUCGAUGUAGUGUGCAACGUCGUUUCCGAGUGCGUAGGAGUUGUCUCCGGUACCGGUCUUCCCGUCUUCGUUACCGUCGGCGAACUUGGCUGCCAGAACCGUCGGACUCACGGUUGGGGGUUAUCGAAGCAGAGCAUCAGCACUCCUCUGUCGGCUCAAACACGAUGCCAAGAGGGGGCAAUGAUGAGGACACGACUCUUCAUUGGAAUCAAAAGCAGAAGGAGGAGUUGUUGCAACUCCUAGCAGAGUAUAACCGUAACUACCAUGGUCGGAAACCGGUCCAGAAAAAUUGGGAAGAUUGGGCUACUAAGCUACAAAAACAUUUUAAGGAUCCAGUUACGGCGGCCAAGGUUCAACAGAUGCGAGUGCGUCUAAAAGGCAAGUUUGAUAAGGAGGUUAUACUACGUACAACCACAGGCCUUGGUUGGGAUCCUGUGACAGGCGCAGUGACUUGUACGGACGAGUAUUGGGAAGAUUUUGCUAAGAACAAGAAGUGGGCUAAUGCUGCGAAGAAGCAUCCCCUUAAAAAUUUUGACUUGUACUACGAGGCCUUUGGUAGUACCCGUGCAUGUGGUGAAUUUGCGGUGGGAUUGGAAAAUCCCACCACCGCGCACGUAGACACAACUCCAAUCCCGGCUGAAGAAGGUGAAGGGGGGGCGACGUCGCAUUCUGCUAGGAAGGGCUUGAAUGUUGCAUCCACCUCUAAGGCAAUUGGUAAGAAAUCUGGACGCAGUCAGAAACGUCCGGUUGGCGAUCCAGAAGCAAGGGCACUACUUGGACGACUUGUAGCCUCUAUAGAAAGUAAGAAUAGUAGCAGGGCUACCAGUUCCAGCGCUUCUCAGAACCCUGCGACCCCUACCACUCUGCGGCAGUGUACAGCGAUUGUGAAGGAAAUGGAUCUUGAAGAUGACACUGUCAUAAUAUUCUUAGAGGCCAUUGGGUGGUUUCCACACAUGCAGCAACUCUUUUUGGAUAUGACAGAGACGCAAAGGGUUGGUUUCGUGAUGAGAACCGUUACCUCUAAAACGAGUCAAUCUACCCAAUCUUGCACCAUGCCCCCUCCAUCCAUGGCUUCCAACUUCAUGCAGCCCCCUAUAUAUCAAAACUUCAUGCCGACACCCAACUUUUACCAACAACCGCCAAUCUAUGGCCAACAACCUCCUACCUUUGGCCAACCACAAGUUGUAAUGUGGAACGGAGGGCCUUCGAACGCGUCGCCUGACAACACAAUAGACGAUGACUCAGAUGAUGACUAUGAGACAGCAGGUGUCGCGGCUAUGCUCUGGUAUUACCAAACCUACGUUGAGAGACCCCCGCCUCAACCUAAGCACACCUCCGCGUUCACAGGUAUUAUGCGUGUUGAUUACUUGCUUGAUGGUCAUGAGGACGUAAUUCGGAAUAAGAUUAGGAUGGGCAGUGACUGUUUUAAGCGACUGAGUUCACUCUUAGAACUUAAGGGAUAUCUGAGACCCACUAGGAAUAUGAACGUGGACGAGCAGCUUUUUAUCUUUCUAUACAUUGUGUCCCAAAGCCAAAGCAAUAGGGAAUCGCAGGAUCAAUGGCAGCAUUCUGGAUCCACAAUUUCCAAAUACUUCGAGGCUGUAUUGGCGGCAAUAUAUAACCCGCGGCAUGAUUUCAUAACACCCCCGAAUUUUAACAUUAUUGAUCCAAUCAUUGCUGCGAGUGGAAGCAAGUAUUUGCCAUGGUUUAAGAAUUGUGUUGGAGCUCUCGACGGGACUCACGUCCCUUGUGUUCCACCAUCAGGUAACCCCGAAGUAUGGAGGAAUAGGAAGGGUUUUUACUCCCAAAAUGUGUUAGGGGUAUGUUCAUUUGACAUGAAGUUUACCUACAUAUUAGCUGGAUGGGAGGGAUCGGCACAUGAUGCGCGCGUUCUUUCAUCCGUAGUGGGGGUACGAGAAAAAAAGUUCCCAACUCCACCGCCCGGUAAAUACUACCUUGUAGACUCUGGCUACGCGAACAACGAUUGUUUCUUGGCGCCGUACCGGGGGAGCACAUAUCACCUUCAAGAGUAUAGGGCAAGACGUGGGCGUCCUCGAACUCAGCGUGAGUUGUUCAAUUACACGCAUUCGUCCCUAAGAAAUGCUAUUGAGCGCACUUUUGGUGUUUGGAAAGCAAGGUUCCGCAUACUCAAGUGCAUAAAUAAUUACCCAAUAGAGAAACAGAUACAAAUUCCUAUUGCUUGUGCUGUGCUUCACAAUUUCAUACAUAUGUACAACAAUAACGAUGAGCUACUGCACCAGUACACACGAGACGGAGUUCCAGUUUUUGAAAUUGAUCCAGAAAAUGCAGAUCAAGAUGUUAAUCAGAAUCACAAUCCUGAUCGCGGAACGGAACAAAAUCAGAACUCCGCACAUCGUAGACAAAUGAAUAUUUUGAGGGACGAGAUGGCAGCUAGCAUGUGGGCGGCAUUGGAAGCAUAUCGCAAUCGGUAGUUACAUAUUUGUUCCGCAAUUUUGACUACCGUAUUUAUUUUACAAUACGUUGUAAUGAACUUAUGGACGUUUCUGUUAUUUAUGUAUAUAGGUGUAUUAAUGUGUAGUCAAAAAAUCCAUGUCAAUACUUGCAAAAUUUUAGAGUUAUGU